AUGAGAAACCUUCUACCGCUGAUAUGCUUACUUAUCGACGUCGUUUCUGCUCAAGCAGCGUUUAUGUACGGAAGAGCGCAGCCAGAAAAAGAGUAUAAAACGCACUACGAGAGCUCUUACGGAAUCGCUCAGGGACCCGCCCGGGCGUUCCAUUCCAGUGAGAGCCUUUCUGAGUCUUUGGCAAAUCCCUCGAUACGGCACAGUGUCAGAAUUCUCAACCAGCGACGGGCAAUCCACCGGGCAGCUCCUGAUCAACUGGGAAAUCAUGGUACAAAUGAUAGACCCAAGAAACGACGUGGUUUGAGCAGUAGUAGGAGAAACAAAAGGACAAGAACGCGAUCUGCUGGAAGAACUGGCCCUGUAGGACCCAUCGGACCACCGGGGCCGAUGGGAUUAAUGGGCCGGACUGGACCAGCAGGACCACCGGGGCCACCUGGUCAAUGCGAUCGCUCCUACUGCGUGGGUGGAGCGAGUAUGAACGAUGUAUCGAGCUCUUACUCGCAGCCGACAGAGGAUCUGUUCGCCGCGUUUACAGUCGGUCUGACGAGAAACUUCACGAGGACAAGUCGUAACAAAGGAGUUGUGCGAUUCGACAAGGUUCAGCUCACCUAUCCGAGGAACAUUGGAUACGACACCAACACCGGUGUCUACACUACGCCUAUCUCAGGCAUUUACCACUUGACUACUUCGGCAUUUGCGCUCGAGAAGCCGCUCUUCCUCUCCAUUGUACAGGAUGGUACACAGCGACUGUGUACUGUGACUUCGCAAUUAAAGUACCAAACUUCCUCGUGCAGCGUGACGGUCUACUUAAAUGCCGGAUCGAGCAUUUACGUGCAGCUCAUCAAAGGAUCGCUCUUCGGGCACUCGUAUUUAUUCACAACCUUCAGUGGACACCGACUUCAUUAG